UCUAUCCACUCUAGCAGAGGAACGAAAGACCUGGGAUCGAGGACGCAACUUCUCUGGUCUGAAUCCUGAUUGCUACCAUCUGGAUCUGCCAUAUGCAAGCCACGCGAAACACCGCUUAACAUUUCAGGCUGUUGUUCCAAGGCUAAUUUCGGCUAACACCGCUUUGAACCAGGUGCAGUGUUAGGGUGAGUUGAAUGUGCAGCACCAGUACACUACAACGUUUGACAGAGUGCAGUUACUAAAUGCUCAUAUUGAUAAAUUCCCCAAUAGCAUUUGUUUUCUAACUGGGAGUUAAAGUUAUGGAUUCAACAGUGGAUAACCGGGAGAGCAAGGCAGCGCUCCGUCCAUGCGUGCCCAGGUCCCUUCUCAUGCGCUGUCUGGUGGGGUUCCCUACCGUGGUGUGUUUCAUGUUGUCCGUGAGCUCCAUAGCCGUGUGCCUGCUCAUGAGCUUAAAGACUUACCAACUGGAGAACCGACUGCAUGCGCUAGAGAUGGAGAAAAACACAGUGUUCAACCCGCCGGAGAGCGCCUUCAUGCGCGAGGAUGGGACUGUAAUACCGACGCCGAGGAGAACUAUCGAGACGCUACUGCAAGAGAGACUGAGUGAAGUGAUGCCCAAGCUGCGCAUGGCGAGAGACAUCCCACAAGAGUGUUCCUGCCCACCAGGUCCUCCUGGAAAGCGUGGAAGGAUGGGCAGAAGAGGUGACACCGGAGCUCCAGGCAAGACUGGGAGAGAUGGAUACCCGGGCCCGCUUGGCAUGGAUGGCAAACCAGGUCUCCCCGGUCCUAAAGGAAGUCAGGGACCAGCGGGACCCAAGGGAGAUAAGGGUGACCAAGGAGAUAUUGGUCCCAGGGGCCCUACUCCCCACAACUCAUACGCUGGUCUGCACAGUAAUCAGAUCCUCACCGUCAAGGGUGACCAAGGGUCUCCUGGCCCCAGAGGCCCUCCUGGAAAUACGGGAAAAGAUGGGCCCCGUGGCCCGGCUGGAGAACAGGGUUUCCCUGGUCGCGAUGGUAUGGAGGGCCAAGCAGGUUCACCUGGAAAGCCAGGUGAAGAUGGUGAAGCAGGAUACGCAGGACCACAGGGACCCCCAGGGUCAAAGGGCCCGGCUGGUGAGAGGGGCAUGGACGGACUCCCUGGGUUUAAGGGAGACAAAGGAGAUAUCGGAGAGCAAGGAGCCCAGGGAGACAUGGGUUACCCUGGUGAGAGGGGUUCAGGCUCUACUGAGGUCAUUGACUUCAGUGGGAAGCUGCUAAAGCCUUCCAGGUGUGUUAAGGUCUUGGUGUGUAAAGGUCUUGGUGUGAGUAAAGGUAUUGGUGUGAGUAAAGGUCUUGCUAUCACCCAUAAUAAGCAGCACCGGCUGUUUCAGGAGGGGGCCCAGGCUAGUAUAGGGGUACAGAAGUUUGCUGAGGUAGGGGUGACGGUAGAUCUGGUGAAGGGGGCGAAGGAUGCCAGGAAGAGACGAGCGGUCGGUGCCAUGUACAGAACAGCAGGUAUCGCCACUGGCAUCGGGCACAGCUCCACAGAAUUGCUGCUGCAACCACGGAGCCCACUGAGGCCUGCCCCAACCACCUUCUCUCUGUCAGAGGCCUGCCCCAACCCCUUCUCUCUGUCAGAGGCCUCCCCAACCCCCUUCUCUCUGUCAGAGGCCUCCCCCAACCCCCUUCUCUCUGUCAGAGGCCUGCCCCAACCACAUUUUAUCUGUCAGAGGCCUCCCCCAACCACCUUCUCUCUGUCAGAGGCCUGCCCCAACCCCUUCUCUCUGUCAGAGGCCUGCCCCAACCCCCUUCUCUUUGUCUGA